ACUCUCCCAUACGGAUCCGUCAAUUGCAACUCAAAACACUACAUGGAAUACAUCGUCUGGGCCAUACCACGCCAAAAGAAAAAGGUUAAAGACUGCCCCCUGUAUAGGGAGAUUCACGAAGUGGACUUGAGAGGAAUCGCGUACGACGAGAAAUUGUACUUAAUGGAUCGUCGUAAUCGAACCAUAUAUGUGAAGGAUUUGCCUCACCGAGAUUAUUCAUACACUCCAAAUUUUGAUAGGGAGCGAGAAAUAAUUAAUCGAAAGGCAAAAGAGGCGCCCAGUUCUUCUGGAGUGAAAAAAGAUAGUUAUGCGGGUUCAGUUCACAAUUAGUGGAAAGUGAGCAAGCUCUUUCAAAUGCUCGUGAGGCAAAACUAAACAGAUAAUCAGAAACAGCUUAACUGCAUUCUGCAUAUCAUUUUGCCUAAUUUCAUAUUUUAUGUUAUGCGUGUAUUAUGUGUUUCAAGGUGAAACUAAGUGACGCAACGGUAGGACCCUUUCUAAAAAUUCACUCCGGAUCAUAAAAAAUAGACAUGGUGAUUGAUGUAUCAAACGAGCUACAAGCCAAAAAAUAAAAUAAUAACCCGGUGUAUUCAACUACCUACAUGAUGUUUCUUCACAGUGCUUUGCAGUUCCUGUUUUUAUCUUCAUCUUUUGUUUUUGUUAAAAUGGUUCCAUUGUUUUCUUGUUGCACUAAAGAAGACCAUCGUCUUUUGGGUCGAAACGUCUGCUGCGAAGAAAUGUUUUUGUGAGUUAUAUUUUCAUCUUUUGCCUGUUGCGUGUCAACAUCAUGAGGGUAGUUGAAUACACUAAUUUAUUAUUUUAUUUUCUAGCUUUUAGCUCGUUUGAUAUCAUCUACCAUGUCUUUAACAGCUUAGUCAGCCAAA